AUGUGUGUGGUGUGCAAAGUGGAAGUAUGUAACACAGCACGGCAACGACAUGUGUUUAUGGUGCAUGUGAAAAAGGACGAUAUGUAUCAAUGCCCAGAGUGUGACUACUUGAAUUCGAACUCGGUUUGGGAGGCGAAAAAGCAUUGCACGAGUCAGCAUGGGAAAGGAGUGGAACCUAUUAGCAACGAGGAGAAUUACAAGUCGCUUAUUUUGAUGUGGAACAAACGCUGUUUCCCGGAAUGGAAGCAAAAACGGCCGCAGUGGUGGUCUUCUGAUGAGAACUCGAAUGGAUUAAUUGGUUACAAGGAUUAUAAAGACGUGAAGAUGGAUAAUGAUGAGGUUACGGCGAUGAUUAGG